GUCUCCUUUUUACCCAUCCCAGCAAUGGUCACUACUCCUGACAACAAAUCCAAUCGUCCGGUCAGUGCCCCUGCUAUGUCACCAGUAUCUUCAGGUGAGGCAAGACCAUCACCACUACUACCCACACUACCUCAACCUAACCAUCCUGAUAGCUACAAACCCAAAACCCAACGACAUGCAGAUUGGAAGAUGGAGCUAAAGACAGAAUGUAAGCCAGAGUACACCAAGAGCCGGAGCCCAAAGCCACAGUCUACUUCAGAGAUUAAGAGUGUUGCCAGGAGAGAGCGGAGGCAAUCCCCAUCUGUGACCAAUAGAGAGAAAGAGAAAAAGAACCAGAAAAGACCCAAGAGACUUGAGGGUGAAACUAUUUAUAUCAGACAUAGCAAUUUAAUGUUGGAGGACCUUGAUAAGACCCAAACUGAGAUUAUGCGUCACCACACUAGUAUCAGUGAGCUCAAGAGAAGUUUUAUGGAGUCAGUACCAGAACCUCAACCCAGUGAGUGGGACAAGCGUCUUUCCACCAACUCUCCACUCCACACAGUGAGUGUCAACGGCCAGCUGCAACCAGCGGAGGCUGACAGGACAGGGGGUGGAAGAGGGGGAGAGACAUGCGGCAAAGGCUCGGAGUCGAACCCGGGUCGACCGCGUCGAGGACUAAGGCCUCCGUACAUGGGUUGCGCUACCCGCUGCAACACCAGCGCGCCCCUCAAUGCCACUGGGACGAGAAGCAAAGGCUAUUGGAUGCUCUUGUCCGUCAGGUGUUGUGAUUUGAAUAACCGCUCCAAUUCCGUAUGCUGAAGCAUCACAGGCAAGAGAAAGCGAAAGGCUCGGAUCAUAGUAAACUAACACUUUACUGGUUUACUGGUUAACAACUCUUUGCAUUUAUCAAAAGCACUCUGUUCCACCUUACUCCACCUCCAUCUUGUUUGCUCUUUCGAAAGUCUGUAUAGUGGGGCUAAGACAGUACCUUACUGUUGUUUAAAGUGACCACUGUAGUAAUUUAGUAAUCUUAGAAAAGCUCUGAGGUCCUUUAUGUUUGUAGGCAUUGGAGCAUCAUGUACGGCUCUGACCUUGUCAUUGGAAGGGUAGACUCCCUUUCCUUCCAGUUACUCAACUUGUGUUUUUCUGUAGUCAUACUUAGACUUUUUCAUUCUGAGGCCAUUUUCUCACAGCUGCUGUAGAACUCUUUCUAGAUUACCCAGAUGCUCGGCCUCAUUCCUGCCAUCACAAGGAGGUCAUCCAAGUAGACCACAAUGCUGUCAUCUAUCACAUUCUCCAUAAUCCUUUGGAAAAUGCAGACAGUAGAAUUAAAACAAAAGUAAAGCCAAUUGUAUACAAACAGCCCUUUAUGCAUGUUCACUGAAGUAUACUUUUUUGACUCCUCGGCUAGAAGGACUUGCUGGUAAUCAGGAGCCAGGUCAAUUUUGAGAAUAUCUUUCCACCACAUAACGCUGCCACAACCUCCUCCAUCUGACGUACUGUGUACGUUUCAACAUUGGUCGCCAGGUUCAAGGUUACCUUGUAGUCACUGCACAAGUGGAGUCCACUGUCGCUUUGGAGCAGGAGAAGCCCACUCGCUCUGCUUCACAGGGCUGAUGACAUACUCUUUAUCGAGAUGCUCCAGUUUUUUUUCCUACAUUUUUCUUUCAUUGCGAAGGGUAGGACACAUGCUUUGUGGAAUUUUGGUGCUGCAUCAGGCUUCACAGAAAUUGUGGCUUUAAUGUCCUUUAAUGUCCCCUACUCUUGAAAACGUCAUCAUAUUUUUCCAGUACAUCUUGGAUUGACUUAAUGUUUCUUGUAGGAUGCAUUGUGCUUUCUUUAACUUUUUAAAAUAAAUUUCCAGUUCAGCCUGAUUUGGUCCAGCCAUUCUCUCCCACACAGUCAAGGAUCUCCCAGAUUUACCACUAUUAGUGGUAAAUCUGCAGACUGAUUUUCAUAAGUCACUUUUUCCAACAAUUGUCCUUUUACUGGAAUAGUUUCUCUUGAGCAGCCCUUAAGUGUGCCAUGGUGACCCCAUGAGGUGUAUGUGAAAAAUGACUGCUCAUACACAUUU